GCCCCGGCCAUUUCUUUUCUUCUCAGCACAUCCACAUCCACAUUCACACCACACUGUUUAUUAGGAUAUAUGUUUCACCUGCCUUUCGUUUUAUCCUCUCGCCAUAGGGUAUCAUCGUUAUACGGAGAUUUGACAUCGUUGCAGACGCUGAGAUACCCGUCCCGUCCUCCUCCACCCGCUGCACGCCCCCCAUUCCAUUGCAUCUUCGCUCACUGGCACCCAUUACCCGUUUCUUUCAACCCGAACUGUCAGAUCUAUCGCUUCGAACAUAGCCCAAAACCUACUCCAGUCACCGGUCAAAUCAUGUCCGACAUCAUCAUGGACGAAGAUAACGGAUACGCAGGAUCCGCCGAGGAAGAAGAUGACUCGGGGGAACAGACGUCGUCGUCUGGUGAACAGAGCACACGAGGAACCAUGUCAUUCCAGGAUUUUGAUGGCUCUUUCCUACCGCAAAUGGGGCUGGACUCAGACAAUGAAGCUGGGCCUUCACACUCAUACCCGGAUCGAGAUGAGUAUACGAGCAGCAGUUUGAGCCCUGGACCCUUUUCUUCUUCGGAUUCCGAUGCCGAUAAUUUGGGUGCUGAUGGGCAGCCCUCCGCUUCCAACUUACAUGACCCUUGGCACUUUCACUCGGAUCAGAGUGGAUACUACACAAGCAGCAGUUUGAGUCCGGGGCCCUUUUCUUCAGAUUCGAGUGCCGAUGGGCAGCCCUCCGCUUCCAACUUUCAAGGCCCUUCGCACUCACACCUCAAUCAGAGUGGGGAUACGAGCAGCAGCUUAAGCCCUGGGCCAUUUUCUUCAGAUUCGAGUUCUGAUGGGCAGCCCUCCGCUCCCAUCUUGCGAAGUCGUUGGUCUGAACGUCAAGACCAGGGUCGUGUUACUUGGAGGCUGCCAUUGAUCGAUAUUCACAACGAUGUUGGGCAUACUAUGCAAUCAGCGGGUCCUUCAUCUUCCUCAAAAUCCAAUACAGUUUUGAGGAAUGGUGAGGCAUCAAACCAAUAUUCACAGUCAGCUCAAAGCCGCUCCCAUCCGCGCAAUGAUGAAGGUCAUCCACAACCGGAACUGGAACCACGAGAAGAAAAUGUGGGUUCUUCAUCGAGACAGCAGCGAUCCGGUAACGAUGACUCGCAAGCAUCGGCUUCUGGUACGAGACGCGCUCGGCCACUCCUGCCUCGCACAAUGGAUGAUGGGCCACCGAGGUCUCCAAGAGAAGUUUGUAGAUCUCCAGCGCCUAAGCCGUUGAACAUGGGCCUAGCUUAUGAUCCAAAUACUGGGGAGAUAUUCCUAGAUCCUUCCACCGAUGACAUAACCCCCAUCCCCGUCACCACAGUGGAUGUGCCUAUCUGGUUGAGAGCGGAUCCUUCUGUCUGGAUGAGGGAAGGGAGUAUUCCUAUCUCAUUGACAUUGGAGAAGCCGAGCGGAGAUGAAUCAGAGGACUCUGAAGCAGAAGAAGCAAAAUCCGGCGAAGUCAGAUACCCGGGCGUCGCUGAGUCACAUACAUCUCCACGAGAAGUUUUAAUGAGUGCAGCUGCUUUGAGAGUAGCUCGUGCGGCGUCCGCUGAGCGUCAAAAAAACCCCGACCAAGGGAUUCUAUCUUAGC